GUUGACGGCAUCGACAGCUCUUCCUCGCUCUUCUUCAGGACGGCGUCGCUUCUGAGACGAUUCUCGCACAGCGCACUCUCCUCUGUCGCCUUUCGCAGUAGAAGAAACCGUCCUAUCAGCAUGUCGGACGAUUCGGAGACCAAUGUUCUUGUCGGUGUCAUCGGGGGAAGUGGUCUGUACCACUUGGACAACCUGACCUUCAUCAAGGAAGUCAACCCGGAGACACCCUGGGGCUUCCCCAGCGCACCUAUCUCCAUCUGUGCCCUCCCAUCGGGCACGCAGAUCGCCUUUCUCACCCGCCACGGCAAGGGGCACUCCAUCCCGCCCUCCGCCGUCCCCGCCCGCGCGAACAUCGCCGCGCUCAAGUCGCUCGGCGUGCGCGCCGUGCUUGCCUUCUCCGCGGUCGGCUCCCUGCGCGAGGAGAUCGCACCGGGCUCAUUCGCGCUGCCGAACCAGAUCAUCGAUCGCACGAAGGGCGUGCGCGCGGCGUCGUUCUUCCAGGAGACGAGCGUGGUCGCGCACGCGUCGUUUGGGGACCCGUUCAGCAACAAGUUUCUGAAGUGGCUGGAGCCGAGGAUACGGAAGGCGCUGGAUGAGGAGGGGAGGGGGGUGAAGCUGUUCACAGAGAAGACGAUUGUGUGCAUGGAAGGGCCGCAGUUCUCAACGCGGGCGGAGAGCUUGAUGUACCGUGCGUGGGGAGGCGACCUCAUCAACAUGAGCGUUCUUCCUGAGGCGAAGCUUGCUCGGGAAGCCGAGCUCAGCUACGCCCUUGUCGCCACUGCCACCGACUACGAUGCCUGGAGGCCGCACACUGGCGCUGUCACUGCUGCCGAGGUCUUCAAGACCCUCAGCGCCAACGCAGAGACUUCUCGCCACGUCGCCGCCACCAUCCUCGACGAGAUUCAUGCCGCCUUCGACACGGGCAAGAGCGAGGGUGAGGCUGUUCUGCUCGAGGAGGUCGGCACCAUGAAGCUCUCCAUCAUGCCACGCUCCGAGAAGCAAAAGGAAGAGGACCGUACGAAGCUCGCGUACAUCCUCCCCGAAUACUUCUCCGACUAGGCUCGGAGUCGUCAGUGUAUCGAGUAAUCAUAUUCGUAUCUAGAUUCUAUAGAUUGUAUCACCUCCCUGUGUAUGUACGCUUGGAUAUGUAUGUGCUAGUUCAACUGCUA